AAAUAUGAAUGUUGUUUAUAUUUUUGUAACCUACAAUUAUUACACGUGCAUACAAAAAUUGUUAUUUUAAUUUAAAUUAAAAUGACAGAAAUAAUUAUCGACGAUGUUUAUCCCAAAGGGACGGUUUAUCCCAUGAUUUUAAACUUCCAAAAUGGUUAUACAACUGAUAACUUUAAAAACCAAGAAUGUAUUUUGGCUGAUAAUUCCGAAACCAAUAAUAAAACAUUAGCCACCGAAAUAGACGGUCUCGUAUAUGCCGGUGAUGAAGAAAACGAAAGCUUGGGUAAGACUUUUAUAUUAGCACGCAAUAAAACUACGGGUAAAGUGCGUUUGAUCGAAACUGGUGUUGUGAACGUCAAACCAAUCCUAAAGUUUGAUCAAAACAUAUCGCAGCUACAGCUUGAAACGAGCCAUUUAGAACUCAGUAGGAAGUUCGGUUCGAAGAAGCAGAAACAACGUAUGGAACAGAAGGAAAAAUUAAAAGUCAAUAUUGAAACUGUUACGGAGCAAAUGAAAAAUGUCACCCAAGAAAUAACUGAAGAAAACUUAGAUUUAUCUUCAUACAACAAUGUUAAUAACGACGAUUUCUACAUACCACCCAUAAACCGCACAGCAGAAAAGGCUGAGGAAGUCUAUGAAGUAGACAAGAUUUUAACUGACGAACAAUAUGAAAAGAUUCACUCAGAGCUAGAGGGUAAAGACUACACAUCAGAAAUGAUACCACUUAUAAAAUCAAUAAUAUCUAAGAAAACUUUAUCACCAAAGCUUAUCGUACUAGCAGUAUAUGCAAAUUCUUUACUGUAUCUAUACACGACAAUGGUGAAAGAUAUCACGAAGAAAUCAUUUGCAGCCUGUUCGAUGUCUCUCACAUUAAAUAAUAUUAUUUUAAAUAACUUCCUGAGUGUGUCACAUUCUAAACGAACAAGACCAGCACCGUUUAAGGACAAGUCACUGUGUCAUGCAAUAGUAUUUUUGUUGUUAAUUAACAAUUUAAAAAUUGAAAUGGACGGUUUAUGCGAGGCUCUAAAAUUGACACCUAAUACGGCAACUCUAAAGGUUCGUGUUACUGGAGCCUCAGUUAUUACAUCGGGUAAUAAAAAAAUAGUCCAAUUAAAAUUACCUCUUAAUAAAACAGGAUUCAGAAGAAGGAGUACCAAAUUUUAAAUAAACGAUUUAUAUUUUAAAAUUUCAUUUUAUUAAUUUACCAUGUAACUCAUCUAUGUAAUAUUUAAUCAAAA